CAAAAUCAAGGGUAAAGUUUAUAAGUCCGUGGUAAGGCCCACUCUUACCUAUGGUGCGGAAUGUUGGACUAUGAAAAAAGCUCACGAACAACAACUGCACGUGAAUGAGAUGAAGAUGCUCAGAUGGGCGGCUGGUGUAACCCGCAUAGAUAAAGUCCGCAAUGAGUACAUAAGGGGCUCGUUCGGGGUAGCUUCUGUUGUGGAAAAAGUCAAAGAGUCCAGACUGAGAUGGUACGGUCACAUACAAAGAAGAGACGAUGCCUACGCCGUAAAGAAAGUCCUCAAUAUACCAAACGUGUACAAGAGACCAGGAAGACCACCCGCAACCUGGUGGAACAACAUCAAGAGAGAGAUGGACCAGGAAAGCCUAACUACUGAGACAACCCAGAACAGAAAAUUCUGGCGCAAACGUACAGGGAGACCCGACCCCAGAUGAACUGGGAA